AUGAAUAUGUUGGAUGAUGAAGAUGACCAAAGCUUUCACGCUACGCGUGACGGCCACUCCCAUUUGAGCGAUGUCGAAUGGGAUGCGGCUGAACGGAUGGGUUUAACCAUGGGCAUCCAUGCUGUUAGCGUCAUGCUAGAGGCUCUCAAUAGAGAUGCCCAACAUGCUACUAUCGCCAAGUUCAUUCAAAAUGAACUUGACGCAGAACGCGAGAAAGUAGCCUUGCUCCACCAACAAGGUUCUAAACAAGCAGAGUUGUUGAGAGAACAAGGUGCUCAACAGUUUGAACUGUUGAGACAGCAGCAGGCUGCUGCUGGCGGGUCUAUGCACUCGCGUCGACCCGAGACUUUGAAGAUUGACAUCUCCAAGGCGCGUCGCAUCAACGACGGGGAUAUGAAAGUAGCAUUUGCCCAAUCGAAUUUGGCAGGACGUGCCAAGACUUGGGCACUGGGGCUCAAGUCGCACGACCCAUAUGCGUUUGGGUCGUUGGAAGUCUUCAAGUCGCGGCUCAGACAAACGUUUGAACCGCCUAGAGCUGAGUUCAGAGCUCGAACCGAACUCUUGAAGCUCAAACAGGGUAAGCGUGAUGUGCACGCUUACGCACAACAUAUACGACAUCUCACGAGUUGUAUAAGUUCCAAUCCGGUGGAUGAACACACGCUGGUUUCGGUGUUCAUGCAGGGUCUUGCGGAUGGUCCCGUCAAGACUCACCUGUUCCGGCUUGAACUAGAUUCACUAGAACAAGCCAUUUCCAUUGCGGAGCAGGAAGACUUCAGUAUGAGACAGGCUCGCGCCAGCUCGACAUCAUAUCGUCAACCGAGACGAUAUGACAGCGGAGGUCCAGAGCCGAUGGAACUCUGUUAUGUAGAGAGCGAGAAGGCUCGCUCUACAGACACAAGAAGUUGCAUAAAUGCAACAGAUGUCAAAAGACAGGACACUACGCUUACGAGUGUAGUGCCCCUCGUCCAGUGUCUCGCAACACUGGGCGUAAUGACCAUGAGAAAGGGGCAGGGACGCGGGUCCGCUGUUGGUGCAAAGACGCAACAACGGGAUGGACCGUCAAAAAACGGACAGGAUCAGUAG